GAAUUUGGAUUUUCCUCAAAAAUCGGUUUCACCGGUAUUAGCGCGGGAAGGUCCCGAGACAGUUAGACGGGCAUUUUUAAAAAUAACUGUCAUCUAGCUUCCGGUAAUCCCACGCCAAACUUGCAGUCUCGCCACGUCACCAUCUCCGAGAAGUUGAAACCCCCAGCCGCCAAAUGCCUUCUUCUCCUUCAUUUCUAAGGAACCCUAAUCGCCAUUAUUACUCUCUCUCUCUCUCUCUCUCUCUUUCUCUCUCUCUCUCUUAUUUCUCUCUCUACAACAGCGACAAAAAGUAAAUUAAAAUGGCUUCCCAAAACCCUGCUGGUAACAGAAGAUCCAUGUACCCGGAUGUGAUCCAGACCAACCCUGAUGCUCCAACAGUCGGCCUCUCAAACCCUAACCCCUCAUCGUCCUCCUCCUCCAAUCUCUAUCCUUCCAUCGACAUGAAAGACCUUGUCGAGAAUCUAUUCCCUGAAAGCCCUCCUGAAGCUGAAUCCUAUUUCGCCUCUGCUCCUCCAGAAGCCACCGAGGAGAUCAUCAUCAGAAUCCCUGGCGCCAUUCUCAACCUCAUCGAUAAGCAUUACAGCGUCGAGCUCGCCUCCGGCGAUUUCACCAUUGUACGUCUCCGUCAGGGCGACAAUGUCGUUGCUAUUCUCGCUCGCGUCGCCGAUGAGAUCCAAUGGCCGCUUGCUAAGGACGAAGCCGCAGUGAAACUCGACAACUCGCAUUACUUCUUCUCCCUCCGUACACCGAAGGAACGCGGUCCGGAAUCGGAUUCGAGCGAUGAUGAAGAACAAGAGGGGCAAAGUGGGAGCGGAAAUGAUUCAGAUAAUUUGCUGAAUUACGGGUUGACGAUCGCAUCGAAAGGGCAAGAGGGUUUGGUAAAAGAGUUGGAUGGGAUAUUGCAGGCGUAUAGCAGCUAUUCCGUACACAAGGUGACGGAGAAGGCAUUGCAAGCGUCAAUGGCGCUGCAAACGUCGCCGGCCGAUUUGAAAUCGGAGAAGAAGAAAGAGAUGAUGGAAGAGCGAAGUGCGGCAUACUGGACCACUUUGGCUCCCAAUGUAGAGGAUUACAGCGGCACCGCAGCCAAAUUGAUCGCUGCGGGUUCAGGGCAGCUGAUCAGGGGGAUUUUGUGGUGUGGCGAUGUGACAGUGGAGCGGUUGAGAUGGGGCAAUGAGGUUAUGAAAAAGAGAUUGAAUCCACAAUCGAAUGCGGAGAUCAGUCCCGAAACCUUGAAGAGGAUUAAAAGGGUUAAGAGGGUAACCAAAAUGACAGAGAAAGUAGCAACUGGUGUCCUUUCUGGGGUGGUAAAAGUAACUGGAUUUUUUACAGGUUCAGUGGCAAAUUCGAAAGUGGGAAAGAAGUUUUUUGGCCGUCUGCCUGGGGAAAUUGUACUUGCAUCCCUUGAUGGAUUUAGCAAGGUCUGCGACGCCGUUGAAGUAGCUGGGAAAAAUGUCAUGUCAACAUCAUCCAAUGUGACGACUGAACUAGUCUCUCAUAGGUAUGGGGAAGAAGCUGGCAAGGCAACGAAUGAAGGCCUUGGUGCUGCUGGACAUGCUAUAGGGACAGCAUGGGCUGCGUUUAAGAUUCGUAAGGCACUCAAUCCAAAAAGUGUUCUUAAACCUACUACCUUAGCCAAAUCUGCUGCUAAAGCUGCAGCUGCUGAGAUGAAAGCUAAAAAUUCCAAGUAAUUUAUGAAAGGAAUUAAAACAACAGGUGGGAUCUGAGCCUCAUCCACCUUACUUUUCUCCAAAAGUUAUAUGUAAAAUUAAACCCAUUUUCCUAUCUUUUUUUGGUCAAACCCAUUUUCCUCUCUUGAAAAGGAAACUGUAAGCUCUCUCUUCCUGUUAUAUCUAGGUGGAAAUUUUACAUUUGUGUAUGUGUAUUCUUGUAUUUAUGUAAAAUAGGUCCAUUUAUUUCUUUGA